GCUUGGCGUCAAGCUCUCGGGACCCACGACUUCAACGACAUCACUCAAGUUACGCCCCUCAGACCCGACACCCCCCACACCCAACAUGUCGAUGCUACCCAGGUCAAUUGGCUCGCGCCUGCUUUUGGCUGGUGCCCGCUCAUCGCCUGCGAGGUCAAUCGUCCCGACUUACCGCACAUACGCAUCCCAGCCAGCGUCGAAAGAAGCCGAAUCCAAGACAGACUCCAGCGACGCGCCCGCCGUAAACCUCACCGAGUCGACCCAGAUCCGCGAGCAGGGCCCUUCGGAGGGCAAUGUUAGACACCAACCAGACUACAAUGUGGCUAUAGAUUACCGCACUUCCAAUUUCUCCCCGGUCCCGAAGCGCGUCAUGGAUGGGAGCGAGCCAGGUGAUGUUGUAGCUGCAGCUGUACUUUCAGGUGCUCCGACAGAUCUGCAAGCUCGCACUGUGCGCAUCUACAAGCCCGCAAAGACGGCCACCCAAUCCGGCAACUGGCACUCGCACCACUGGCUGAUGGAUUGGGAUGUGCUACCCAAGGGCCACCGAUGGGAGAAUCCUCUCAUGGGCUGGCAGUCAUCUGCCGAUUUCAUGAACGGCCACAGAAUACAGUUCAAAUCGAAAGAAGCUGCCAUCGAAUUUGCGAAUAAGCAAGGUUAUGAGUAUUUUGUGCAGGAGCCGAACGAGCGCAAGUUCGUUCCCAAGGCAUAUGCCAACAACUUCACCCACUCCCCUGGAAAGUUGAAGAUGGUCAGGACCAAAUAGAGGGCAGAGAUUUGGUAAGGGACAGUUUGUUGGUGUACAUAGCUAUAAAUGGGAUUUUCUUUCAACAUCUAACUAUGCUGUCUCAACUUGCACAUUGUGACACGGAUGCCUUUCCACAAUCUUGAUAUGUCUAUGUGGUGAUGAUUAUGUAUAGUUGGACAAGAAUGUCAUGCUUGCCCUGAGCCGCCCACGGGCACUGCUCAAACAACACUUUUAUAAUUCAAGUACACAUGAAUACUGAGCAACCUAUCUGGUUUCACGCUGAUAUUAUACCCCUCGAGCGAUCAGCUGGAAGCUGUAAACCCACUAUACACUGAACCAAAUCCUACUUCACCGUGACUUUUGACAGCACUCUGUAGCUCGACAGCUCAUAAUCCCAAGGCAUCCGCCUUCACCCUGUCGCCGUCCAGGACACAACAACCACGCACAGACCAACAUAUCAGUAUAACAACCUCCCUCUCCUCGACUGCUUGUUCUUUCUCCCAUCCACAUCACAUCCCACCCACACAUUCAUCAACACCAACACCACCACCAACAACAUGGGCAGAAAUGCCUACGACACCACCGGCCUGCGGGCCCAGCAGCAGCGGCAGCAAGUACGUACAAGACAGACACUCCUCUCUUGCCAAACCCCACAUCACCUCAGUGUCUACUGACCACCCUCUCCCGCACCUUGACGACACUCUAUUGCCGACCGAUCUACCUACCUACCAACCUACGCAUACUUCCUCCCCUCCCCAUUAACAUCCAGAAAGCAGCAACAACCCCAGCAGCAGCAGCAGCAGCAGCACCAACAGCAGCAGCAACAACAACAGCAACAGC